AUGUAAUUCACGUAUUAAUUGGGAUAAAGUGUGGGCUUAUUCUAUCUGUCACAGAUUCUGGUUACUCAUUCUAAGGAGUGCAAUAGACCGAAUUGUUUUUGCGCCUAAAGCUUUCAAUUCACUUAAGAGUAAACUUGGAUUUCGCCAGAUUAAGUUUUGAAAUAGCAUCUUAAUUAAGUUCUUGGAGAAAUCUUAAGAUUGUACAACAUCUCAUAUCUUGAAAAUUCCUAAGAAUAUUUUUUAUUAUUGAGUAGAAUCGAAACUCAAUAUCAGAAUGACAAAUUGUUUGAAACUCUUUUGAGAAGCCAAAAGCUCAGUUCAACCAAAUUUUAUGGCUACACUGUGUUGCCACAUCACUUUCGAAUCCAGAGUCAUAGAGAAAUGUUUUUUGAGAAAUUGCUUUAGAAAAUUGAAGGAGUGAGAAUCAACAGUUAGAUUUAUUUCAAUUAUUGCAAUUUGGUUGAACAAUUAGGUUCAUCAAUUAUUAAAUUACUAAAUUAAAGGUAGUAAAUUUUUGUAUUCUUGACUCUAUAAUAUCAGAACCCUCUCUAUUACUUAUACCAUAAUAAGAUGUACACUUAUAUUAAACUUGUCUAAAAAUGUGAAAUUCUAUUGAAUGAUAUUCUGAGACUGAACCCUCAUUCAAUCGUGACUAAGAAUUUAUCCCAUGCUCUGUAUGCAUUAGCCACUUUCCAAUAAGAUAAAUUGAAGUAAAUAACAUCCUUAUUAGUUUUAUAAAAUUUCAAAAUUGACAAUCUAUGGAACACUUUAAACGAUAUGCAAUGUUGCUAUGUUUAAUGUAAAUACGACAAUGGAUUGAUCAUGCUAAAUCAUUCCAUUCUGUUUCCGAAGUUGAUGGAAGAAACCGAAAUAAAAUCUGACUUAGUGGGACAUUACAUAGAUAGGAUAUUACCAAGUCCUGUAAGGGAGGUUCACUAGACAUUUCUCAGAAGGUUGAUUGAAGAAGGGAAGCCGAGAUUGCUGAAUAAUGGGAUUCAAUAAUUUUACAUCACCACAAACAAAGGGUUUAUGAAAGAAAUUGAUAGUCUGGUUAGAUUAGGUCAGAGUAUGGAAUACCUAACAUUUAUGACAAUCAUGGGUUACAAGUAGGAGGAUAAUUGUGGGAAGAUCUUAUUGAGUUAGAAAGGCACUGUAUAUUCUUACUCAGAAUAGGCAGUAAAUUUACUUCAGUUAAAUAGAAUUUUGAAAUUGGAUCAUAAGAUUAAUUUAAAUUUUAAGAUUUGUAUACCCAUCUCUGGCAAUAUUAAUGAAUUGUGCAAUGGAUUUAUAAUUAUACCAAAGGUAAAUUUAAUGUAAUCAGAUUCAACCUUUAAAAAAAUACAAUCAAAUAACAUCAAUUAAGUUUCAUUUUACAAGUAUUUUCUCAAACAUCCUAAAUAAUGCAGUGUAUUCAUUUCAAUUUAUAAAUUUUGUAAUUCAGCCUAUGAUGAUAACAAAUUAUAAUACGAAACUCUUUACAUAUUCCAAUCCAAUGAAAUAAAGGAUGUUGAAUUAAAAAUGAUAGCAUUGGAAUUGAUGUUUAAAUAAGUAAUGAUUUUGCAUAACAUAUAAUCUGAUACGUAUCUGACCAGCUACACUUCGUUUAAAUCAAUAAUUCCUGAAACUUAUCAAAUCACUAAUAGUGGUAAGACUCCCUCUUAUAAGGAGGAAAUGAAUGAUAACAACUUUGCUAUUAGUGAUGAAAGUAUACACAUUCAACAAGAUCCAUUGAGUCUAUCACUUCAUUAAUUUUUCAAAUAAGAACAAAAUGAACAAAAUGAAUAGAAAGUAAUAGUUAAUUAGAAUAAUCAUUCUUCUAUCAUUGCAAAUUCGUUUCAAACUUAAGAUUUACUAAUCUCCCAACUCAGAAUUAAUGAUGAAUUAAGCAAUCGAGAUAGUAGAAGAGAACAUCUGUAACUGAUUUAAACCAAUCAACAUAGUGUUGACAUUCAACCCCAUUAACAGUUGAGUGUAAGGGAGGAAGAUGAUGUAGAAUCACCAGUAGAAAUGAAAGUAGAAUAGGAACUUGAGGUUUCAAUUAAAGAUCUAACUGAUCAAUAGAUGAAGGAACAAAUAGAGUGGAUAAAAUCAUAAGUUAGAGUGAAUAAAUAUUAAUUUCACAAUAAAUAGUAGCAUUUUGUACCGACUGCCUUAAAAAAGAGAUCUAAUCAUAAACUAACAAUUGAAUAAUAACCAUCUACAUCUGUAAAGAGUACGGACUCUUAAAAAGGUCUUAUAAAUCACAUAAUCAAUGGGAUGAUUCAAUCUAAUCCUCACGAGUUUUACAGUAUAUUAGUGGUUGCAUUAAUAUAUGCAAUAAUUUUAGUUAUCCUAGUUACAUUAAGCAUUGUUGCAAUUAAUAAUGAACUACAUCACAUCUAUUUAGAUUCCACAGGUGGCUAGUUUUCAAUAACCCUGUUGCAGAACAUUAAUUUGAUGGAAAUAUCUAUUCAUAUAUUAGCACAUGAUUAGAAAUUUCUUGCUCCUUAUUUCUAUAUCACUAAUUCAACUGACGACUACAUUAACUAAAUUAGAAAUUAUAAUGAUCGAAAAUUUAUUAAUCCAGAAGUCUUAAUAGGUUUAGAAGAAUCCCAAAUUUGUAUUCUUCAUUUCUUCUCUAAUAACGGCGAUUAAGUUAAAUCUUGUUACUAUACAAGAGAUUUCUUGGUAGAUUAAUUGCCGUUGUUAUUUCAUAGAAUUACAGAGGUUGUGGAAUUUUAUUCAUCUCGUUUUAAUCUGUCAAACAUGGAAGAAAGUUACUUUACACUAAACUAUCCUACUUAUUUCCAAUUGGCAACUAAUUUAAUUGAUGAAGCUUAUAAUGAGAUGAGUAACACUAAAAAUAGUUCUCUAUAUAUAGCAUCCAUUUAUGUUAUUUCAGGAGUAACUUCAUGUCUUGGGGUUGCCUUUUUCAUACUUAUUGCCGAGAUACAAAUAGCCAAAUGGAGAGUUUCUAUUGUUAGAACCUAUUUCUUGUUUUAAAACUUGAAUCAAGCUCUGAAUGAUUAAGACAAUGAGAUUUAAAGAAUUUUAGAAAUCGAUGAAUUGUCACACAUGAAGUACUCUCUUUUGAAAUUAGAUAAAAAUGGUUAGCAGUCUCUCAAAUAAGAAUACAGAAAUAUUGAUCAUCGAUUAAAGAAACAAUUUUGGGCUAAACAAUUGGCUCUGGUUUUUCUAAUAGGUGCAUUAGAACUACUCUAUUUCAUUCCUUACUAUGAAUUAUUUCAAACUCAAGUAUAAUAAAUCAUUGAUUUUCAUAAUGAUGUCCAUUACUUAGGACUGGCUCAACUUGCUUUUAGUAAUCGCUUAGUCCAUUUCAUAUAAUCAUAUGCAAAUCCUAAUUACUCAGUUGAUGAGAGUACCUUCCAAUAUUAUGAUGAAUUAUAUUCUUACUAUGAAGAUAUAUAUCUAUUUUAAUUGCCAUUUGAUAAUGAACACGAUACUUAUUCACUUACUUCUAUGGUCAAUAAUGAUAUUUGCCAAAUGGGUUCAAUAGUUCCCAUGAUUUAAUUGGGCUAUAAAUGUCCGUACAUUCUACAGCAAGGGUAUUCGAAAUAUAUGGUUAACUCUCAAAGUACUCUGAGGAUCAUGAAAUCUGAUUAUGAUUCCCGCUUAGGAUUAGGGUAGAUUCUACUAGAUUAGGACUUUUUAGACAUCAUCAUAGCCUAUGGGUUUGUGUUUCCUUAGUUUAAUUUGAACAGAGACAACCUUUUUAUUAGUCAGAACGUUUAAAAUGAGGAUUCUAAAGUUUAGGCCAUUUUGAUGGCGACUUUAAUUCUUAUAGCUUUAUUAAUGGUAUUUUUAACGAUUAUUUAUUUUAUUUCAAAACAAUUUCUAGCGAUUAUCGAGGCAGUCAAACAAUCCUUAUUAAUAUUCUCAAGAUAGUAGAUUGCAAGGAAUAAACAUCUAGUUUAGGUAUUAAGCAAAGAAGUAACCCUUGAUUGA